AUGACCGUUUCGAGCACCCGGAACUCAUCUCUAGAUGAUCGCGAAGAAUUUAAUCUCGAUUACUAUGAAAAAUCCCGUCUUGCAACACCACUUCUCUUCGAUUGCGAUGCGCAUGAACUCGGGAUGAAGGUUCCGAAAGCUGAAGAGUUCUCGGUUGAUGACGUCUUGAGGCUUGUUGGUGGAAAUCGUAUGAUUGAAGUGGUCGAAGUUAGCGGACAAACAAGUGUGAAGAUGUGCCUGCAAGAUUUCAUCGAUUAUUACAAAACUCCAAAAGAAGAACGAGAGACAUUGUACAAUGUGCUGUCCUUGGAGUUUUCGAACACAGAGUGGAGGUCAGACAUCAUACAGUCACCAACUCUCGUUCGUCAAAUAGACUGGGUUGAAAAUCAUUGGCCGGAUGCUCUGCGUCAGCGGUACAUCACGUUUAACAAGAAAGGGCAUUACACUCCUCAUCACACUUAUUGUUUGAUGAGUGUUGAACGCUGCUACACGGAUUUCCACGUCGAUUUUGGUGGCACUUCGGUAUGGUACCAUGUUCUCAAAGGCCAAAAGAUAUUCUGGCUGAUUGAACCUAGUCUGACCAAUAUCCGCUUAUAUGAGGAAUUUGUGAAAAACCCGGAGCAAACAGGAUUUUUUGGUCAUGUUGUUGAUAAAUGCGCUAGAGUGGUAUUGAAUCCUGGAACAACAACAAUUAUCCCUUCUGGCUGGAUUCAUGCUGUAUACACACCUUCUGAUAGUCUGGUUUUUGGUGGGAACUUCAUUCAUUCACUCGUUGAAAUGCUAAAUCCAAGUUUACCUCAGCGAGAAUCGUAUCAAUGUUAG